AUGUGGCCCUUCUCCCCAGCCGCCUACGUGGAGAUUGCCCGCAAGAAACAGGCGCGCCGCGAAGACGCUCUGCGCAUCGCGCGCUCGCUCUCCGCGCCAGACGCGGAGCCGUACCUGCGCGCAACAGCAAAGGAGAUCGUGCAGCGCAUCGCGAAGGGCGACUGGACCGCGUCCGACGUCCUCGACGCCUACCUCGCGCGCGCUGUCCUCGCCCAGGACGUGACCAACUGUCUGACGGAAGUGCUCUUCACUGAGGCGCGUGCGCAGGCAAAGGCGCUAGACGACGAGUUCACCCGAACGGGGAAAGUGCGCGGGCCUCUCCAUGGGGUUCCCGUGAGCUUCAAAGACACUUACGAUAUCAAGGGUUAUGAUACGACCCUUGGCUUCUCCUCCCAUGCAGACGACCCCCGCCCCGAGGAUUCGCUGGUCGUCGCCCUCGUGCGCGCUGCGGGCGGCAUACCCAUCUGCAAGACCAACGUCCCCCAGCUCAUCUUCUUCUUCGAAUGCGUGAACCCCGUGUGGGGUUGUACCCUCAAUCCGUAUAGCAAAUCGUACUCGUCCGGCGGCACGAGCGGAGGCGAGGCGGCGCUGCUCGCUAUGGACGGCGCUGCGCUUGGGUGGGGAACUGACAUUGGCGGUUCGCUCAGGAUACCUGCCUCCUUCUGCGGCGUUUUCUCACUCAAACCGGGUUGGGGUCGCAUUAGCAUGACAGGUAUACAAGGCACCUGGCCAGGGUUUGAAGGUAUCCACACCGUGGCAGGUCCGAUGGGGCGAUCCGUGGACGAUAUCGAGCUCGGAGCGCGCCUCGUCUUCGGGAAGAUGGGCGACGACUUCGAUCCCGCACCGCUACCGUACCGCGACCCGCAGAUGCCGGCGAAGCUGCGAUUUGGGUUCUACCUCUCCGACAAUUUCGUCAAGCCAUCUCCCGCGUGCCAGAGGGCCGUGCGCGAGGCUGUGGAUGCGCUGCGUAAGGCCGGCCACGAAUGUAUAGAGUUCGAGCUCCCGCAGGCCCGGCGAGCGAUGGAGAUAUUCAUCGGGAUCACGGCUGCAGACAAGUACAAGACGCUCUCCGCGGACCUCGGCGAUGACCCCUUGGAACCUGGAGUGGCACCACUUGUCAUGGGCCCGCGGCUCCCAGCCUGGCUGCGGAACGGAGCCGCGUGGGCCGUGGGGAAGCUGUACAAGGACGACGUCGUGCCGGGCGUCCUGCGCGCGGGGUGCGGCAAGGACGUCGAGGAGUACCACAAGUGGGUGCUCCAGCGCGACGAAUACACGCGCAUGUUCUGCCGCGAGGUCUGGGACAAGCACGGCUUCGACGGAAUCAUCGCCCCCUCGCUCGCGAUGCCCGGUCUCCCGCAUGGCUCCGUGCAAUACCUCGCGGCGCUCGCAUGUGUCGACCUCGUGUACAACGUUGUCGACUCUCCCGUCGGCACGGUCCCGGUUACGCGUGUGCGCCCCACGGACGUCCCGACCCCCGAGUGGACGGACGCCCGCGUCGGGCGCGGGCACGGGUCUGCAUUCGUCGAGGGCUUGCUCUAUGGCACCACGGCGGGCGCGGAGAAGGAUCCGAAGGACAAGAGCCGGUGCGCGACAGGCUUUUACGAUGCGGCCAAGAUGGCGGGUCUGCCUGUGGGCGUGCAGAUCAUCGGGCGGCGGUGGGAGGACGAGAAGGUGAUCGAGUUGAUGCGCGUCGUCGACGCUGCGCUCGGGCCGCGCGAGUUCGGGCCUGGGGUGUGGAAGGGCCAGGGCAAGUGAGCGAUGUGUCGCUGUCGGUCUUUCUGCGGCCAUUCGAUGUGGUGCUAUCAGCGAAACAGUCUAGUUGUAUCAGCGAUUCGGAUGCUUACCUUAC